AUAACUCUCCCGCCCAAGCUUUCCCCAAACUCUCCCAUCCUCUACAUUAAUGGAGGCUCUAAACCCCUCCUUAAUCCCCAAACCAUGUCUACCCAGAACCCGUUUUCUCAACUCCACUUUCAAACCCGCAUUCUCUCCCCACAAUUCUCAGUUCCUCAAAAGAACACCCUUCUCAUUCUCACUCACUUGUGCCUUGAAGACCCCUCGAGAAAACAAGAACAACAAAAGCAGCACCAAUAUAGGAAAGAAGAUUAUACUCUCCGAAGGAGCUCCGCCGCCGUUGGAGGAGAAGGGCGGCGGCGGCACAGGAGGCAACAAAGCUCCGGCCAAGUCAGGGAGUGGGGUGAUGGGUUACGUGAAGAGGCUGCCCAGGAAGGCUUUGUCUGUUUUGUCUUAUCUGCCUUUGGCUAUUGGAGAAAUGUUCGUCAUUGCUGGUCUCAUGGCUCUUGGAACUUUCAUUGAUCAAGGUGAGGCGCCGGAUUAUUAUUUCGAUAAGUUUCCUGAAAGUAGUCCUGUACUGGGAAUUUUCACUUGGAGAUGGGUUUUGGCACUUGGGUUUGACCAUAUGUACUCGUCUCCCGUUUUCCUUGCAUCAUUGGCUCUCCUGGCUGCAUCACUUAUGGCCUGCACUUACACAACACAGAUACCUCUCGUCAAGGUCGCAAGAAGGUGGAGUUUUUUGCAGUCUUCUGAGGCCAUCAACAAGCAGGAGUUUGCAGAGUCUUUGCCAAGAGCUUCUGUUCAAGACUUGGGUGUUAUUCUUAUGGGAGCUGGAUAUGAGGUGUUUUUAAAGGGACCUUCUUUAUAUGCCUUUAGGGGGUUGGCUGGUCGAUUUGCCCCUAUCGGAGUUCAUUUAGCAAUGCUGCUGAUCAUGGUUGGUGGAACUCUUAGUGCAACUGGGAGCUUUAAAGGAGCAGUUACAGUUCCACAGGGUUUGAAUUUUGUUAUAGGAGAUGUUUUAGGCCCUUCUGGGUUUCUCUCUACUCCAACUGAUGCUUUCAAUACUGAGGUUCAUGUAAACAAGUUCUACAUGACAUAUUUCGACAGUGGAGAGGUAUCACAAUUUUAUACUGAUCUUUCACUCAUGGACCUAGACGGUAAGGAGGUGCUGAGGAAAACAAUCAAUGUAAACAAUCCUUUAAGAUACGGAGGGAUCACCAUAUACCAGACAGAUUGGAGUAUUUCAGCACUACAAGUAAUCAAGGAUAAUGAAGGGCCUUUUAAUUUGGCUGUUGCCCCUCUCCAGAUCAAUGGAGACAAGAAGCUUUACGGAACCUUUUUACCAAUUGGCGAUGUUGAUGCUCCUAAGGUUAAGGGAAUAUCAAUGCUUUUGCGAGAUUUACAAUCAAUUGUCCUGUAUGAUCAAGAAGGGAAAUUUGUUGGAGUUCGACGACCAAGCUCCAAGCUUCCAAUUGAAAUUGAUGGCUCCAAAAUCAUUAUUGUAGAUGCAAUUGGGAGUAGCGGUCUUGCCUUGAAGACUGAUCCUGGAGUGCCGGUUGUAUAUGCUGGAUUUGGUGCUCUAAUGCUCACAACUUGCAUCAGCUUUCUAUCUCAUUCGCAGAUAUGGGCCUUACAAGAUGGAACAGCAGUGGUCAUUGGAGGAAAAACUAACCGAGCAAAGGGUGAAUUUCCAGAAGAGAUGAAUCGCUUGCUUGAUCGAGUUCCUGAAUUGGUUGAUUCAUCUCCUCCCAAGCAAACAGAUGGCAUUAGUGGCUAGUCUGAAUUCUGAAGAAUAGACAGAUAUCAUACCACUAUAAAUGAAUGUCCACUCCAUACAAGGAUAUAAGGCAAAGCAUUUUUUUCAUCCAUGACAGAAUGGAGGAGCAGUUGAGUUACAUAUCUUCAUCAAGACUUUUUCAAAGCAGAAUUCAACACAUAGGUAAAGCAGAGAAGUUGAAUUUGCUUUUCUAUACGUAGGCGCAUUAUAUAUUCUUUGCCUUCUGCUUUCUGCUGCAGACUUGCAGAGUCCGAGCCUUAAGAACAAGUGUUAUCUUAUCUAUGUACAGUUGGUUCAACAAUUAUAUAUCACAGUAUUGAAAAUUUGUAACAUUCUUCUACACUGGUUUGGCCAGCAUUUGCUUCUUU